GAUGCGAAAAACACGAAACUAGCGCGACCGAAACAGACAUGUAAGCGCUUAAGAGGAAAACACUUCUCAGCCUGGCGAUGAGGAUGCUGCGGGAUAGGUGAACGUUAUAAAAAGAAGCGCAAAGAAAAAAACUCCCGGGAUCAAAGCAGAAGUGGAGCGCGACGGUUUUAUUUCAUGUUUCUGCGCGCGGUCGGUUUGCGGUGGACAUCUCGAGAUUGUACCCGACACUAGUUGCUUUUUGGGGGAUUGCUUUCGGUUUUGUUGUAGUUUUGAUUGCUGUGGUAACUUUUCCAGCGGUCCGGAUUUAUCGCCGUCCCGUGAUGUUUCACUGUAUCCCCCUGUGGCGGUGCAACCGUCACAUCGAGGCGAUCGAUAAGCGCCACUGCUCGCUGCUUUUCGUCCCGGAUGAGAUUUACCGAUACAGAGGCAGUCUGGAAGAGCUUUUACUGGACGCCAACCAACUCCGGGACCUGCCCAAGAAAUCUGGUCUGAUCAUGGAGCUCCCUGAAAGCAUUUCAUAUUGUAAAACCCUCCAAGUAGCAGAUUUUAGUGGAAAUCCUUUGACAAGAUUGCCUGAAAGUUUUCCAGAAUUACGGAAUUUAGCAUGCCUUUCCAUCAAUGACAUUUCCUUACAAGCACUUCCAGACAACAUUGGAAACCUCUGUAACUUGGUAUCACUGGAACUCCGAGAGAACUUGCUGACAUAUUUACCAGAGUCUCUGUCUCAACUUCAGAAACUCGAAGAACUGGAUGUAGGAAGCAAUGAACUGUAUAAUUUGCCCGAGACAAUAGGCUGUCUUGUCAGCCUGAAAGACCUGUGGCUUGAUGGAAACCAGCUGUCUGAUAUACCCGCGGAAGUGGGCAGUAUGAGAAGCUUGACGUGUCUGGAUGUGUCGGAGAAUAAGUUAGAGCGCCUCCCGGAGGAGAUGGGGAACCUGCUGUCCCUCACUGACCUGCUGGUGUCCCAGAACCUCAUAGACCUGCUGCCGGAGGGCAUCGGAAAAUUAAAACGUCUCUCGAUAUUGAAAGCGGAUCAGAACCGUUUAGUGCAGCUCCCGGAGAGCAUCGGCCACUGUGAAAGCCUGACAGAACUAGUGCUGACAGAAAACCAGCUGGUGAAUUUGCCAAGAAGUAUUGGAAAACUAAAGAAACUCUCCAACUUCAACUGUGAUAGGAAUCGACUAACAUCGUUACCGAAAGAGAUCGGCGGCUGCUGCAGUCUGAAUGUGCUGUGUGUGAGAGAGAACCGGCUGAUGCGCAUCCCUCCAGAGCUCUCGCAGGCCAGCGAACUCCACGUGCUGGACCUGUCUGGAAACAGGCUGCUGUAUCUGCCCCUGACGCUCACGUCUCUGCGGCUCAAAGCUCUGUGGCUCUCGGAGAACCAGUCUCAGCCUCUGCUCACUUUCCAGACAGACGUGGACCCCGAGUCUGGAGAGAAGGUGCUGACCUGCGUGCUGCUGCCUCAGCAACCCUGCGAAUCGGAAAACACAGGUUCAGAUAAUCUGGCACGCUGCGGGGCUCUGGAGAGUUUGGUGGAGAGCAGCAUUCUGGACGACACGUGGGACGAUAAAGCUGCAAACCGAAUGAGCACCAUCCGCUUCAUGGAGGACGAUGAUGAUGAAGACGAUGAAGAGCGGACGCUCCUGCGACGGGCCACUCCUCACCCCGGCGAGCUCAAGAACAUGAAGAAAGUGGCGGAGAGCAUCCGAAAGGACAUGAACGCCGCCAAAGGCCUGGAUUCCAACAAAAACGAGGUCAAUAAUGCUGUGGAUCGCGUGACCACGUCUGUGUGACCAACAUGUCUCUCCCCAGUGUGUGUGUGUGUGUGUGUACGCCCCAGCCAUUCCUCUCUGUUUCAACGCUGUCCCGGAGCCCCCUUUAUCCAGCCCUGCUCACUUCAUCAGGAACCCAAACACACGGUGCCUUGUUUUCUAAAAGAGCAAUGAUCCUGCAGAGGAGGAGCACGUCUCACUCUCCACAUCCACUGCUUUGUUUGCUUUCCUUCUCCUCACAGGUAGUUGCACUACAGUCUUAGCCUCUGAAUCUUUUAAUAUUGAAAGUUAUAUAUAUAUAUAUGCUCUAUUUUUUUAUUUUUUUGAAACACUGGGUGCUUUUCUUUCUUUCGGUGACGUGUGGAAAAAGCCCCGAUAUUUCGGACCUACUGAUUAUUAUUAUUAUUUUUUAAUUAUUGUAUAGUUGCUUGUGAAUAUUGACACGUUUUUAUACAUACAUAUAUAAAUAUAAUAAUGGCAGCUCAGGUGGUGUAAAUUUUAGAAAGAGAAGCCAGUUUUUCUAUAAUCGCCGAAUUCUUCCUUAAUUUCCCAAUUCUAAAGCAUUCGAACAAAGAUUUUCAGCAUUGAAUCGAACACCAGCGGCAGCUUCUGUAUUUCCUCUUCAGGUUUUUCCUCCCUUUUUUAAUAUAACUGUGUGUUCAAAAUCAGAAAGGGCUACACACUCCAGCAUAUCCUCAUCAGCUUCCCGCUUGAUUUUCUUGUCAAAGCAGGUACAAUACAACUUUAUAAAUUAAGGUAAUGGUCAUUUUUAAUCUUCAGCUUUGGUUUAGGCUUUUAUUUCUCCCUCCAAGUGCCGGAACGCACUUUUAAAUCCGACGCUAUCGUUUUAAGUAUAUGUGUAUGGUACACUACGGACUUCAUCUUCCAUUUUUGUAUGUUUCGACUUGUAUUCCGAGACCAACGGAUGCUUUUUAAUGUUGAUUUUUUUUUACUAUCUUGUAAAAUGAUGAAGCUGCACAGAACACAAUCUUAAGCAGGCGCUGUUUCUGGGCCAGUACGUUUAUGACUUUAACCACUGAAAUAAUAAAAUGACUUCAUGAAAGCAA